GAAGAACAACAUGGCGGAUGGGAUGGUUGUGCAACGAGUUCAAAAUAUCGCUACUUCAAAGGAGACCAUGACAGAAAACAUAUUAAAAGGGGAAUGAAAACUUCAAGGGCCGAAGUCCUCGCACAAAGGGCAUUCAGCUCAUACGCUGUUUGUACAGGYGCCUUAGUGGACUCUUCAUGAUCAGUGGACUCUUUAAAGGGUCGUAUUGCCUCAAAUUCCUCCAAAGAGAUACUGUCUCCACUUAGCUGCUGGUCUUGUCGUUCUUCAAAGUGUACGUAGUCUGAAGUGUCUUUGUUGUGGGGAUUAGUAGUGUUGUGGUUGCUGUUGUUUUCUUGCUAUUGYUGUUGCUUUCGUUCCUGUUGAUGUGGCUGCUGCCAUUCCUCCUGUUCCUCCUCCAUACUCUCUUGUAGUCGCUUCAAUGCGAUCCUUUUUCUUUUUGGUUUUGUUACGGGACACUCAUCUUCUUCCGAACCCAAUUCUACAUCUUUCAUGUCUAUAUCAAUCGGGGAGAUCAAUGAUAGGUUGUGAAGAUUGUCCUUGACAUUGUCGCCUCCCAAGAACCAUACUCUCUUGUAGUUGCUUCGAUGCGUUCCUUUUUCUUUUUGGUUUUGUUACGGGACACUCAUCUUCUUCCAAACCCGAUUCUUCGUCACAUUGUCUAGAUCAAUGGGGGAGAUCAUUGAUGGUUAGUGUGUGAAGAUUGCCCUUGACAUUGUCRCCUCCCAAGAAUCAUACCCUCUUGUAGUUGCUUCGAUGCGAUCCUUUUUCUUUUUGGUUUUGUUACGGGACACUGAUCUUCUUUCGAACCCGAUUCUGCGUCUUUCAUAUUGUCUAGAUCAAUGGGGGAGAUCAAUGACGGUUAUGGUGUGAAGAUUGGCCUCCACAUUGUCGCCUCCCAAGAACCAAGCCUUAACACACUCCGUUGCAAGCUUUGCAUAAAUUUCAACCUUACUUAUAUUGUAAAUACAAAAGAGAAACUCUUUACUUAUCUUGCAUUUGGAACGUAAUUCAAGAAAAGUACAACCUGAAAUAAUAAACGGAGCUUCCCUUACAACAACAACAAAAGAGACCAAAUUGGUGGAAUUGCGGCAAAAUGCUAAUACUUGAGUUUCGUAUUCUCGGUACAAGACUCAGCGCCAGUCUCCUGCUCGGUCACUUGAGCACUGAAACGAGACUAAUACAGCAAUACAUUUCCCUGUGUUUACAGUUUCCACGUGUGUGACAUGUCUUCAAACGAUCGUUUUUCUACUUUAAAUCAGUUUAAAUCUAUCCAAGACCUUAGAAACCUGAAAGUUAAUGAGUUAAAGACUAUUCUCAAGAAUUUCGGUGAGCCGAUCGGUGGAAAAAAGGAAGAUUUAGCUCUUCGUUGCUUUGUUCUUGUUGAACGAUCUAAAGGGUCCAAAUCCCCCAACACUUCACCUGGCGAAGCUCUUGCACCACCUGUUACUAGUAAUACGACGGACUUAACAUACGAGAUUAUUAUAAGAGAAGCAACUGGUUUGAUAUGGAAGAAAGAUCUACGAGAAUUACCGACAUUUUCCUUCGUACAGCUCUAUGAUUAUCUUGUGAAAAAGACRUCUAAGUACAGCGAGCUUGACGUGUGUACUGGAGGCUACAAGCAGCUAAGAGCAUUCCAAUUCUUUAAAGAAGGACAUAUUAAAGAUUUACAACUAUGCAACAAAGGCAGCCUUGUUUAUUUAAAAGCAGAGGUUCUUGCUUCAAUGAAAUCUGAAAAGUAUAAGUCAAUACUAGUGUUUGACAAGACAGGAAAUGACAUUGUAAGAGCUGCGUGCAAGUGUACUGCCGGGAGAGGACCAAAUGGAUUUGGAAGAUGCAACCAUAUUGGAGGCAUCAUAUUUGCCAUAGAGGAUUUCAGCCGUAAUGGUCUUCAGUCUAACACUGAGCCAGUUUCUUGCACUUCACGUCUCUGUGGGUGGAAUGUGCCCAGGAACAUGAAAACUGAUCCCAAGCCUGUGGAUGAGAUAAUCAUUCAAAAAAUCAAGUAUGGGAAAGAUACUAGAGCAAAUGCUAAAAGCUCAUUGUAUGAUCCAAGAGCCCCAUCAGACAGACAUGCAGACAUUGAAGCUACCAAAAUACUAGGAGAGAAAUUGUCCUCUUGUUUACAAAGCAGCAUCUAUUUCAUUGCUCACAAUAUCAAGUCAACUGUUCAUUUAGAAUCAAACACAGUCGAAAUUGACAGUAUGAAUGAGUCCAUUCCAGAAAAUGCUACUGAAAUAGAUGAGCUUCUAGAUGCUAGUGAAAAUGUCCCCUUCAAUGAUGAGUWUGAUAUCAGCACCAAAGCUUUCAAAAAUAUUAUUGAUUGCUAUGUUCAAGCACAGGAAAUAAGUGAUGAAGAAGUAAAGAGAAUUGAGAGGGAAACUAAAGGGCAAAGUGAAAAUAAUGCAUGGAAAAAGCUCAAAGAAACUGUGCUUACUGCUUCAAACUUCAAGAAGGCUGYCCGUAGAACAAAAGCACCAGAUACUCUGCUGAAGGACAUAAUGUAUAUUGAUAAUAACAACAGCCAAARAAUUAUUUCUUCUCUCCAGUAUGGUCUACAUCAUGAGAAUGAUGCUGUGAGCUGCUAUGUGGCUUUACAUCAUGCAACAGGCAAUACUAACCUGAGAGUUAUAGAGGUUGGUACACAGAUAUCAAAACAAAYACCAGGUCUAGGAGCUAGUUUGGACAGACUGGUACACGAUCCCUCCUCAACAGAUGGAAUAUUAGGAGGACUAGAGAUUAAAUGYCCAUAUUCAAAACGUGGGCAGACUGUUGAACAAGCAUGUAGUGAUAAAGAAUUUUACAUUACUCUUAUCAAUGGAAAUCCUGUUCUGAAAAAGGGACAUGAAUAUUAUUAUCAAGUACAAGGACAAAUGUAUGUGUGUAACCUACCAUGGGUGGAUUUUCUUGUCUGGUUUGGCAAUGAUGUCAUAGCUAUUCAAAGAGUCAGGUUUGACCAUGAAUGGUGGGAUAAAGAAGCAAUGCCAGCUUUGAUGUAUUUUUACAAGAGAGCAUUUUUACCUGAGGUUUUCACUCGACGAGUGAAAAGAGGAUUGCCCCUGWACAAGCAUGGUGGCUGGCUUACUCAUAAACAGUACAAAAAAUUAAGGUCAUYGUGAUUUUAUGUUAAUCAUUUAACAAGUGACACUUAAUUUAAUAUCAUGCAUAUUUGGCCUGUGAAAUAAUUACUAAAUAAUACUCUCG